UUGACGAAGAAAAAAAAAAUGGAGCCAAAGUAAAUCUCUCGGACACUCCAGCUUACAAGCAGUACGUCGCCGGCUUACUCGCCGAAGUUUCCACCGUCACCAUUGGCCAUCCCUUGGACACCGUAAAGUUGAAGCUGCAAAAACACAAUACUGAAGCACAUGGGAUCAAGUACAAGAAUAGUUUGCAUUGUACUGCUAGGAUACUAAGGACUGAAGGACUAUGGAGAUAUUUUAAAAGUUCAGGACUUGAAUGCAAUAUUACGUCAUUUUGGAAUGCGAAAGAGAUGGCACAAGCUUUCCCAGCAUCGCUCUCUGUAUCAUCAGGCAAUAAAGUCUUUUUUAAACAAGAAUUUCAUAUUGAGAAAAGAGAACUGAGAAUCGCAUCGAAGGUACCCGAGAUUCUUACUGCUGGUUCCAAACUAGAAAAUAUCAUUUUUGAAAUUGUCAACUGUGAGGGUAUUGUGGAUGAUACUAUCCACGAAGAAGAGAAAAUUGGUCUGUCACAUAUGCUAACAAUAAAGGCUGAUUGGCUUAAUUUGGGAGAGUCUGUCCGGUAUACUUUCAAGCAUGGGCGCUGCAUUGUUCCUGCUAUUCCUUUAUCUCAAAUUGCAGGAAACUAUAGCUUCUUAGCUAUCCAUUCUCACCAUUCAAACCUUAGUCUGAAUGUUGAGGUUCAUGUCAAACCUGCUAUACCAAAUCCAAAAGUGGAGCAUGAUGGAAAAAACUUCUACACAGUCAUUGAAAAUAAUAACAAGAUCUCUACAAAUUUUUAUUCUCCAAAUAUGAAUGUUGUCAAUGAGAACUUCCUCCCUCUGCUUAAACGCCUUGAUGACUGCAUAGCGUAUGUAGAAAAAAAUCCACAGUAUGCUGAAUCUGACGUUUACUUACUCAAAUUUCGACAACUUCUUGAGCAUUGGGUAUGAUUCGCUCUCAUGUACUUUCUGUACUCAAAAGUGUGUCUUCUCAGGUUCAGUCAGCAAUCCAGAGCAAUAGUAGCAGCAAGGCAUCUCUUGCUGAGGGUGUAGGGGCAUCUGUUAUAUAUGUUCGUUUCAAGGCAGCGGUAAGUGAGGUUCAUGCGACCAGAAACUGCACAGGGCAUAUUUGUUAACUUCAAAGACUUGUACCAUUACAAUGGGAACAAGCUUCCUUUUGCUGCUGCUCAAAUUGGCCAGGCUUUCAGAAAUGAGAUAUAUGAACUGGGUUGGAACUGGGACAAUUUAGAACUUCUAGCACAGGGCAGAAACUUCAUGUUAUGAUAAAUGGCAGUGUUAAACUUGUAAAAUGCCUUGUACAGAACAUUGUGGUUGAUAUUUCGUUCAAUCAGUUAGGAGGGCUUUGUACACUAUGCUUUCUGGAGCAGGUCGAUUGCCUCAUUAGCAAAGAUCAUCUUUUCAAACGGAGUAUUAUACUAAUUAAGGCUUGGUGCUAUUAUGAAAGCCGUAUUCUUGGUGCUCAUCAUGGUUU